AGCAGCCUUGCCUAGACCCUGAAAUCGCUGGUCGACGGGAGAGCCAACGAGUUAAAUUCGUGAGCUUGUUCACCCCCAGACAACAGAGCCCGAAGUCGUAUCCUGUUGCAGUAGACGGAGGGCGAGCAGUAUAUCCCUACGGUCGACCACCCUUCAUCAUGGUCAUCCCUCAUCGCUGCUUUCGUCGCCCAUUGCCCCCGUAGAGCAGUCGGAUGACCGUCGUUUCUGGCGGAGACAGUUAUCAUUUGAUUGUGCUGUGAUACCCAACCACCCCCGUUGCUCGCCGGCUUGCUGUUACGUCUCCCAACGGCUACCCCUCCUUUGCAGCGACGUCUCCAUGCAAUCGUUUGUCUGAUGUGCGGCCGAAUCUAAUCAAAGUUUCCCGUCGAGUUUGGCGCAGGGUUCUGAAUAUGUGACAUCCUUGCUCUCAGCCUCGACUCUUCGCGCAAGGUGUCCUCACCGUGACCCCGUCCGCGAGUCAAUGGCGGAUAUCAGCUCUGCAACCGCUGCAGGAAUGCGACGCGGCUGGGGCCAGGACUCCCAGCCGCCGACAUCAUCGUAUGGGCAAGCCGGUGAAUCCCAGCCCUCGAGCACCAUGCCGGAGUCCCCCAAGCAACGCAAGAGGAGCAGGAAACGCGAUUCCGAAAAGAAAUUUGAAUGCAAGCACGAGGGAUGCGGGAAGAGCUACUCAAGAGCAGAGCACUUGUAUCGCCAUCAGCUAAACCAUAAUCCCAAGCAAAUAUACCGGUGCAAGUUCCCCAACUGCACUCGCGCAUUCGUUCGCCAAGACUUGUGCAUUCGACACCAGGAGCGUCAUAACACCCAUGGUUCGCAGCUCCAGAAACGCGAUAGUUUCGCAGCUCACUCCGCAAAGGGCGUGGCGGCGACUCCCACGGUUGCUAGCGAUACUAUCGUCUCCGACCAGGCUGUCGCCACGCCGGUGUCCACAGACAGCGUGACCUCUCCGAAGAGGUCCAAUCUCCAUUUUUCGCCGUCCCCAGCAAGUACGGCGAAUACCACCUUCGCCAGCACCCAAACCUAUUCCACGCCGUCUUCUACAACUUCGGCGCCUCUAGAACCAAACUAUCCAGCUCCCUCGACUUCCCGGAGAAAGCAUCCGGAUCCCAGUGGUGUGUACGCAGUUCCUCCGGCGAAACAACAACCCGUCGCAAUCUAUGAACAAUCACAUCGUCAUCCACAUAACUCCUACGGUACUACCUCCACCUACCAGGGUGUAUCGUUCAGCGCCCCAGACGUAGCAUCAGGGGUGUCCACCACCUCCUCCAGCAUCCGGCACCGUCAUCUAUCUCUCCCGGGACCUACCUCUCACCAUAAUGCCUACCUAUCGCCCUCAAACACAAUAAACGGGAGCUCUUCGCCGAAUGGCUAUCUUCCGCAGCGGAGUAUUCAAGUUUCUCCCAUGUCUCCUCAUGAUUAUUCAAAUACACAUCUUGGAGGGCCCACAACUACCACCAUAGCAAAUGCCAUAUCCAACGGCUUGGGCACCAUUGGCCCGGUUUCUGGCGCCACAAUAUCAGACCUGGACUCAAUCACCCAGUAUGCACUCCCAGUCUUUGGUGGUGAAACGUUGAACCGGUCUCCUUUUGCCAUGACAGACGAUUUUACGGCAUGGUUGUUUAAUGAGCCCAAUUCGUCUUCAGUAGGUUAUUCAUCUGUUCCUGGAAUGUUGUCAAAUCCCUCCGAUCCGUUCGUUACGCAGCUUCAAAACCAUUAUUUCCCAGCAGAUCCGGCAUUUGCCGGUUAUUACACCAAUGUCAUUCAGCAGCAACAGCAGCAGCAGCAGCAGCAGCCACAGCAGCAACACCCAAUGAGUGUGACCAGCAUACUUGACACGGGCCCGCCACAGUCGAUCAUUUCUGAGGACAAAAGAAACGAAAUUCUGGAUCUGAUUCAAAACCACUUUAAUGAAACCGAUCAAGUAGCUUUGAAGAAGCGGAAGGAGUCUUUAGUGGAAGGAAAUAUGGAUGGAGAGAAUCAUGUUCUCGGUCUUCGAAUGAUGCAGAUUUACGUGAGCUCGUACUGGUACCACUGUCACGAUCAACUGCCAAUCCUUCACAGACCGACUUUCAGCCCUAGCAAGACGCCUAAUUUACUUCUCCUAGCUGUCAUGGCUCUCGGCGCAUCCACAUUGGAGAAAGAACAUGGACAAGCAGCAAUAGAAGCUGCAGCCGACUUUUCAAACUUUGUCGCUUGGCAUCUGCGCUGGGAGAUAUUUAGGGACCCUGAUUUCCGCCCGCCGGCUAAGCUAUGGGUUUUCCAGACCCUCCUGCUCCUUGAAACAUAUGAGAAGAUGUUCUCCACGCGAGCCUUGCAUGAGCGUGCACAUAUCCACCACGAUACAACGUUGACCUUGAUGCGACGUGGAAGCUCUCUUAUUGGCAGAUCAGCACUUGAUUCUCCCCCUAGCCCCCGAGAUGAUGGGCCGAAUAGACCCGGAUCUGGGUCUGGGGCAAAUUCCACUGCGGAAACUACACCGGGGGAAGAGUCCUGGGUCCGCUGGAUAAAGGCGGAAGCCACCCGCAGGGUGGCAUUCGCUGCAUUCGUCCUCGACACCAUACACGCCACAAUGUUUGGCCACUCCGCCAAAAUGGUUGCACACGAGUUACGGCUGCCACUUCCUUGUGAUGAAGCCCUGUGGUCGGCGACAAACGCUGCCGAGGUUGCGAGAGUGCAAUCCAGCUUGACGUCAAAUGGAGUCAAGCCGACCUUAUUUCUGGAUGCCUUGAAGAAGACCCUCAACGGGCAAAAUGUGCGAACGAAUUCAUUCGGACGCACAAUCAUAAUGGCCGGGUUGCUAAGCGUCAGCUGGCACAUGAACCAACGCGACCUCCAAGUCACCUCUCUGGGCGUUUCUCAUACGUUAGGAGGGAGAGACAAAUGGCGAUCAGCACUCAUCCGUGCCUUCGAUAACUGGAGGCGAGACUUUGACGAAGCAUUGGUCACAUCCACUCCGGCCAACAAUACGCUUCAUCGGAAUUCAUAUGCUUUUGAUGGAGAUGUUUUCUUUGAAUCGCGCACCGUGCUUCAUCAUUUGGCCCACAUGGCGUCUCAUGUUGAUAUUGUCGACUGUCAAAUAUUUGCAGGCGCCAGUCGUCUUCUCGGGCGGUCUAUCACGCCCCGGGACUAUAGCUCAGCACGCGAGAAGAUGACCGACCGCUGGGCAACAAAGGCGCCCGCCCGGGAUGCGACGUUUUAUGCCCUUAAAUUCAUACGCCAGGUGCUUAUUCCGAAUAGAAACUCGUCACCACGCUGCAGCUACUCAGCCUAUGUCAACUCUACGGAAUAUUCUGCGCGCAACGACUUUCUCCUGAACCGGCCAUGGGUCCUUUACUUUGCUGCUCUGGUGGUGUGGUGCUACGGAUAUGCGCUAGAAGGCCCUAUUACCCCUCCAGUUCCGGAGCUGGCCACUUCUGAGGAACAGCGAGAGGACAUGCACACCUUUCUCGACGAGGUUGGGGGUGUACAGAGUCCCGUCGAACUGGAGAAAAUUCGGGGCCGUAAUCGAUGCAUGGGUCUCUUGAUGGUACUCCGCGAGACCUUCUUGAAUACGCGGUGGGAGCUGCUGAACGAAGCUGCGAUCCUGCUGGGCAGUUGCAUCGACAAGCUGAAAGGAUCAGCGAAUGGGUCCUGACCCAGCAUUUCAAGAGGAUAUUCCUGAAAAAUUUUUGGGUUCCUUUUCUGAACACAUAGUUUCUCCCAGCUCAUAUCUUUAUGCAUAUACCUGGCCUUUCUUUCAUAAUACUUCCCUUAGCAUCCAAUUCCUUGUGUUGACAUUCGAAUCUUUUGGGCCUUGGGCAUUGUGGCAUCGUAGGGCGCGUUCGGUGCCGCGUUUUGGGAUCAUUCCUUCCUGUAUAUACAUACACACGGGUAGAAUAUGCGAGAUGCCCU